AUGCUGCCGCUGCUUCUCCACAUCUUCACCUGCCUCUGUGUCCUCACAGCCACCACGGAGACGGUGGUGGGCACAGCCGGGCGGAGGGUGACGCUGCCGUGUCGGUCGGAGGCCGUGAAGCGGAGCGGUGUGGAGGUGUGCUGGGGGCGGGGGGAGCCGUCACUCUUCACCUGCCACAACAUUGUGAUCAACAUGGCCGGAGACGACGUCUCAUACAGGAAGUCGGACAGGUUCUCUCCAUCCUCCACCUCCUCUCUGUCCAUCUUCCCCUCUCGUCCAUCAGACUCUGGGUUCUAUCACUGCAGAGUUCAGCUGCCCGGUCUGUUCAACGACCAGACCGCCACCGUUCACCUCAUCAUCCUCAGCCCUCGCUCUCCGGCCUCUGACGCCGAGGACUCCGAGGACCUGAACGCACCGCACACUGCCACCGGUGACACAAUACGAUGCCUGACAGAGGAAGCAGGAAGUGAGGUCACCAACCCCACAGAGCCAAUGGUGGCGCUGGUUCAGUCACCUGUUCAGCAGCUGGUGACCAGUUUCCAGACGUUCAUUGGAAACACACUGAGACUGUUGUUCAUCAUCUUCAUCCCCAUGUUGCUGCUGACUGCUGCCUACAGAGUGUGGAGGAGGAGCCAGAGACCAGAAUCUGACAGGGGGCUCAGCCAAUCAGAGGAGGAGGAGGGAAACACCUCAGUGUAG